CUGCGGUAUGUGAAAAUACAAAUUCUCAUCUCAUGGAACCAUGAUAUCCUACGCGCCUCUCGUUCUCUCUACACCAAUUUCCUGUCCGUGACCCUCGACCAACUUCGAGCCCGACCGCUUCUCCCUUCAUUGCCCAUUUUCAAUCCCAAUACAUCACCGUCACGAUGAGCGAACGAGUCAAGCAAGUUGCUGCCGAAGAGGCUGAGCGAGUCAAGGUUAUGACCAGAGAAGCGGUCGAAUCUCGUGCCUAUCUGUAUCCUUUCAAGGGUAUCUUCUAUUUCAUCAUGCACAAGGAUCUUUGGCGCCCGUUGUUGUCAAAGCUAGCACCUACUAUCACCCUCGGCAUUGGAGUCACCACGUUCAUGUUCCUCAUUGCCUAUGUUCCACAAGCUGCUGUCAUGGCCUUUACCUCUGGUCCAGUUGCUGCCGUGUCUGCGGCCCUCCUCACUUUGAGCGAGAGUUCGACUUUGGUCAAUCUCCUUUCCCGAACCUUCCUCAUUGAGGGGGCACUCACGGAUACAUUUGACGGCGUUUUGUUAUCUCGUGACUGCGUCAACUUGGUGGAAGGCGGCAGACAGAUCUCCAACUCGGGGGACAAUAUCGCUCGACUCGGAAAAUUGAUCAAGAAGCCGUUCGCCAAAUUCACCCCGAACGCAAUAAUCAGAUACCUAUUGUACCUACCACUCAACUUCAUCCCGGUGGUGGGAACCUUGAUAUUCAUCAUAUUGCAAGGAAAGAGAUCAGGUCCGGCGGCACAUAUGAGGUACUUUCAGCUCAAGGAGUGGUCGAAGAGGCAGAGAGAAGUCCACAUUUCAGAACACCGGGGAGGGUACACGUCAUUUGGCGUUGCAGCGUUUGUCUUGGAAAUGAUCCCCUUUGUCAACCUCAUCUUUGCAUUCACCAACACUGUCGGAGCAGCUCUAUGGGCGGCGGAUCUUGAGAAGAAUGCAACCACUUCUCCAAAGGUGCGGGAGCUCGCUAAGAAGGCAGAAUAGCUCCAAAGGAUGUCGUUGUUCGACAAUAGAGGUGGCUGCGCUGUGAUGUCCAAGCCGAAAACAGUCUUGACAGCGGACAUAGAAUGACAUGAGUGUUUGGAAUAUACUUGAUCACAGUGUAGGUAUCGUGGAUACUUGCUGAUAUGCACCUUUUGCUUUCUACCUUGUAGGACUCCCAGGAGGUUUCCUUCCUCUGGCACAUUACUUUUGAGACCGUAUGCUUAACUACAGGGAUAUUUACUUUCACCGCCUUGUGCAUAUAUGUGCCUCCUUACCGCCCAGGGCCGCCGCACCCUCUCAUUCACGUAUUCAUGCUAUGUCAACAAAACAACAAAGUCGCGACCUUGUUCCUCCUCGUUCUCCUUCUCUCUCAUCUCCCACCCAUCUAUUACUCACAUCGCCAACAGCAUUCUCUCAACAACGCGACACACCCGGACUGUACAUAUCCUUUGCCUCAAUCCUUUCAACUGACCCAAUACACUCCUUUAAUAGGUAUUGACCUUUCGCCGUGCGUGCUGCUGG